CUAUAUCUCAACUCAUGAUUGGCGAUUGCUACAUUGUAGAACUCAAAUUUUACAUUAAACCGUUAACGAGUACCGGCACAUUUUAGGUGUAGGAAAAUCAAAAAGUAUCAGGACUCAGGUGGCGUUUGCCGUUUAGAAUCAAUCUUUUGUUCAAGUUGAAUAUUGUUUCGUGACAGUGUAUCAAGUUCGCUGUUGCACUUUGUUUUGUAUUAUUCUAGGGACAAAGCGUGUUUGAACAUUAUCGAAAUGUUGCCUUAGCAACAGUUAUGUCCUAUUUGCCUAAACAUUGAUCAAACUAUUUAUUAUUUUUUUUACUUCUCUCCCGCAAGUGAUAAUAUCGUGUUCUGUGUAUCCAGUAAAAUGUUCAAAAAUACAUUUCAAAGUGGUUUCCUAUCUAUACUCUAUAGCAUUGGCAGCAAGCCCUUACAGCUCUGGGAUAAGACUGUUAGAAAUGGACAUAUCAAACGCAUUACUGACAAUGAUAUCCAAUCGUUGGUGUUGGACAUUGUAGGAACGAACAUCAGUACAACAUACAUUACAUGUCCGGCCGAAAAAACCAAAACUCUAGGUAUCAAAUUACCAUAUUUAAUUAUGAUCGUCAAAAAUAUGAAGAAAUAUUUUACUUUUGAAGUGCAGAUUCUUGAUGAUAAGAACAUUAGACGCAGAUUUCGAGCCAGUAAUUAUCAAUCAACAACUCGAGUUAAACCAUUUAUUUGUACAAUGCCCAUGCGUCUGGACGAAGGUUGGAACCAGAUACAAUUUAAUCUAGCAGAUUUCACAAGACGUGCUUACGGAACCGGAUAUGUAGAAACAUUGAGGGUACAGUUGCAUGCCAAUUGCAGAGUCAGACGAGUUUAUUUUAGUGAUAGAUUAUAUUCUGAAGACGAAUUACCCGCAGAAUUUAAAUUAUUUUUACCUGUUCAAAGUAAAGUCGACCACAGACAGAGAGUAGAUUGAACUUGCAGAAGCGAGCAUAAUCUCUAACCACUGACAAACAACAAACAGACUUCACCACCUCAACAAUAAUAGUCAUUUUAGCUCCACCAGAUAAAUCCACAGUAUGCGGUCCAAAACUAACCACUUGGUUGGCCAAUUCUUCGAUAACUUUAUCACGCGGCACUGAAUUGUUAUAUCUGUGACUAUAAUAACACAUUAUUCAAUUUAUAUAAAUUAAUAUUAUUAUUUAAACCAUAUUAUUUAAGGUUUUUGUGGGAAAAUUUGAUUUAAAUAUAAAUAUAUUUUUUACUUGAACAUAA